GUUUGGACUAGACUCGGGGAGCGGAGCAGGAAUCUGAACUCGGCACGAGUCUGCUAUGUGUCCAAAGGCGCUGACAUGAAAAUCCGAAAAGAACCCAGAAUACAUCAAGGACAUGAAAAAAUCAAAAGUUCCUGGAUACAUAUCACCGCUACACAGCGUCUAAAACCUGAACAGUUUCCGUAUUGGAGGUGAAUUUUGUCCGGCGCGAGACAAGUAGGCUGUUGGAGAUUGAACUUUUUGUGCUUGAACACAGGAAUGAGUGCCGUCAGUUCUGGAGCUGGACACAGCGGAGGCUUCACGGCGGGUAUGUGACAUUGAGAGUCGUUUGAACAGGUCCCUGUGCAAUUUGCAUAUUGCUUUUGGCUUCUUUCUGUAACUACGUAAGACAAAAAAAAGUGUGCCGAAAAUAAGUGGAAGGAAUGAAAGAAAGUGUCCACCGGAAAUCCAGUGUACAGCCGGGCAGAAAUGCGUGCAGGAGCCUCGCUGCGUUUGCUGCUAGUGAAGGAGAAGCAGGCCAGGCGGCAAGUCUCCACUCCCUGUGUGGUGCUUUUCCUUACAUGCUUUGGCACUGCUGCGUCUCUGGAAUGCCCUCACAAAUGCGUGUGCACAGACACUACAGUACAGUGCACACGCCUGAACUUAACAUCCAUCCCACAGCCAAUUCCCGUCAACACAACAAACCUUCUCCUUACUGGAAAUGAUAUUUCCCAUCUAUCCGACAAGUCCUUUCCUGUUCGCCUGGACUAUUUGGCAGAGCUUUAUCUGUCUGAAAACCGAAUAGAGCAAGUGGACCCUGGGGCGUUUUACAACUUGCCAAGACUGCGUUUGCUUGACCUGAGCAACAACCAAAUCUUCAAUUUUAGCCCUGAUGCUUUUCCACAGAACAACAUGGUCCAGGUCGUGAACCUGAGCAGAUCGUUGUAUAAUUUCUCCUACGCUGAUGUUUUUUCUAAUCUUCUAAGGCUCUCUGUUCCUAAACUUUCCAAUCUCAGCUUGGCAAACAAUGACCUUGUCGUCCUUCCAGAUGACAUGUUUAUCAGCUUAUCUGACCUCACUACCUUGGAUCUGAGAAACAAUUCACUAGUUUCGAUUAAGAACGUGACUUUCCAAAACCAAGCACUUAUUAGUUUGGACCUACGGAACAAUGCUCUGAAAGAGCUGUCUAAUGGGACGUUGAAGGAGUUCAACCAGAUACCUGGGCUUCAGGUGUACCUGCUGGAAAACCAGUGGGUUUGUGACUGCAACAUUGAGGACAUGGUGAUGUGGUUACAGAGCUCAGAUGUUGUUGUGGACAAGCAGAACUUGACCUGCACUCAGCCUGAAAAACUGAGAACCACUCAGCUCUUGCAGUUGAAGCAUUCAGAGCUGCCGUGCACUGACUUUGGAAACAUGGAGGCUACCUUGGAGACCUCAUAUGUCUUUUUGGGUAUGGUGUUGGCCCUCAUUGGGGUCAUAUUCCUGCUAGUCCUUUACCUGAACAGAAAAGGCAUCAAGAGAUGGAUUUAUAAUAUCCGUGAUGCAUGCAGGGACCACAUGGAGGGCUACCAUUACAGGUAUGAGAUCAACUCGGAUCCACGCCUGGCCAACCUCAGUCUUAACUCGGACGUGUAAGGAGGUGUGGUUCUUGAUUGGAGAUAGGGAAAAGUGUUUCCCACAUUUACGCACAGUGACUCAGCUCUACAUUUGUAUAGUUUUCACAAGCUUAUACCGUAAUAUGCAUUUUGUCAUGCCAGAUAGAUUAACUGGCAUCUGCCUCGGUACACGCCGCAUGCUAUGUUAUGGUGUGUCUUGUUUAGAUGUUGUUCAAUGCUUGCAUGAAUCAAGAACUCAUAAAGGUACAUAAGUGUUUCUUUCUUCUUCUAAAAAAAAAAAUCUACACGUGAUUUUGGGACAGUGUGAAGUAUGAUGCAAGGAUCUUUCUAAUGGAUGCAAGUUCUUGCUUCUAAAAUGACUGAAAUGAAGAAUUAUACAUGUCUUAAAUCUCAUUAAUGCUUGACUUUUUCCCUUGAAUAAUAAGUUACCAUGUUUGCAUGUGUUUAUGUACUUUUACAGUGGUUAUAAUAUCAUACAACUUGCAUAUAAUGAUCACAGCUGUCCAUUUUUAUAUUCACAUUUGUUCCAUGGACAUGGCUCAACUUUUCUUAUGAAUAUAUUCUGCUGAAUAAAAAGGUCUUGCGUUGA